GCGGACGUGGCCCCGAUCCACCACCAGACCACCAUGCAGAUCAAGGAUAUCUUGCACGAUCCCGGCGUGGUGGAUGGGGUGAGUCUGAUGAAAGUCAUCAUACGAAAAUCGCAGUUUUACGAGAUGAAAGAAGCGCAAGCCAAGAGUAAACGGCUCUACGACCGGUUUCGGGUCACGUACGAAUGGGACGGCGAGGACCUGCGCAUGCUGGCCAAGGACUUGAACGACAUCCAGUUGACGACCGGCAUGGCGUUCGUGGAAUGGCACGUGCACGUGAGCAUGGCCACAUUGAUGGGGUGGUUGGUGGAGACGAAAAAGGACACGUACGCCUUGGGACCCAAUCUCCAUUACGAACUCCCCUACAAGACGCAGCAGAGGGGGAAUUAUUACAAAGACGUCAAGAACACGGAACUGGACAACCACGAUCUGUGGAAAAUAGAAGGGGGUCUCUUGCAGUUGAGUCAGUGCCUCAAUUGGCGCUUCACCAACUUGAACGUGGCCUUCCGAUCGGUGGUGGGGGACCCCUCGCGCACCUUUCUGGUCUACUCGGAUUUGGUGGACAGCAAUAUCGUCGGGGGUCAAUUGCAUGCGCUGGUGCGCGAAGUGGAGUACCGGCGCCAAGGCCAGGGGGUGGCUUACUUUGAGCCCUUGCACAUUCAAUGGUUACCGUGUCGGCGCGAGUACAUGGACCUGGUGGAGGUGGAAAUCGCCGAGAGUGACGGAGGGUUGGUCCAGUUCGGCACGGGACGCACCCUGAUCACCUUUGUGUUCCAACGAGACGUAUAA